UUUUUCAGAUUUUCAAAAACCUCAGAUUUUGAAGAAGAGGGUCUGCAUCGGUUCAAAACUUGAACUUUGGACCCUCCUUCAUUCUCCAAAAAACACCAUCGGCAAUUUUUAGUUUUUUAGUCGCAGAAACAAAGCGCGGCGGGACUCUGAAAUCUCUCCCUCUCUCUCUUACAAGCUUGAUGUAGAAAGAGAAAAAUAUAGUUUUCUUUCUCCAAAAGCCACGAACCAUGAUUCUCAAUCGGGGUGCAUGCUGUUUUGAUCAAUUCCUUGGUGGAUUGUUUAUGAGAGAGAUCCGUGUCUAGAAAAUGAUGAGUAAUGGUGAUCCAUUGGAUUUGUAUAAGCUUUUCAUGGUGGUGAAGGAGAAGGGUGGUUAUGAUGCUGUUUGUAAGAACAAGUUGUGGGAUUUGGUGGGGGAAGAAUAUGGGUUGGGUGUGAAGGUUGGUUCCUCUGCUGAACUUGUUUAUAGUAAACAUUUGAGUUCUCUAGAGGCAUGCUUAAAGAAUGCUACUGAUGGUAAGUUCCCUGAGUGUGGUUUAAUAGAUGAUAGAGUUAAGUUUCACAAGCAUUUGAUGGAGGCGCAAGCUGAAUCCUUGUUGGAUGACUCUGGUGAGGAAGAGGCGGGGGAUGAACUCGAGAGGAUAGUGUGUGACUGUAAGGAUGGGAGGAAGUUGUGUGGUAGUAAUAGAGUGAAGUAUGUGAAACCGGAGUCAAAUGUGGCUGAACUCGAGAGGGUAUAUGAGUAUUUAGAUGAAACGAAGUCGUGUGUUAGUGAUAGUGUGAAGGGCAAGAAAUCAGAUUCUAAUGGGGAUGAAUUUGAUAAUGUAUGUGACUUUCUAGAUGGGAGGGAGUUGUGUGAUACUAAUAGGGUGAAGGGUGUGAGUCCAGAGUCUAAUGGGGACAAGAAAGUUCAGAGCAAAGGACUUGUUGAUUUGGAUAUGCUGGACAAUGGGACGGAUGAGCAUAUUAUCAGAAACUUGUGCAGUCUUAAUACUGAGAGGAAUAUACUGGAAGAGUUUGAUGGGGGGAAAAUAUUAACUGUGGAUGCAUCUGAUGCAGAGAGCAACAUGCCUAGAUUGUCGGAUGGAAGCAAGUGCUGUGAUAAUGAUGAUGAUGAUGAUAGUGAUGAAGUCUUGAUAUUGGAUCCAUCUGGUGUUGACAAAGAGAUAUUUGGUCGUAAGAGGAAGAGAGAGUCUAAGUCAGAAAUGCUAAGUUGGAUUACUAGCAUUGCUAAAAAUCCUUGUGAUUCCACAGUCGGUUCGAUUCCUGAAAAGUCUAAGUGGAAGUUUUACAGUAGUCAGGAGAUCUGGAAGCAGGUUUUGUUGUUUCGAGAAGCUGUCUUUCUGAAGAAAGAUUUUGAGACAACCAGUGAACAGCUUAAUUGGCAGGGACAGAAAAUGCAUCCUUCUAUGUAUGAUGAUCGUGUUGGGGCAAUGUACAAUCUUAGACAGAGGUUGAAAUGUGACAAGAGAGUUUUAUUGGGAAAAACUACAUCUGGAGGAGUCUCCUUAGCUUCAUCUGGAGGAACACAUGUGGAUUUGGAGAGGACCCCAAGUUCUCAUGCUGAAGAUCGUGCUGAGAAAUUGUUACCUGACUCCGGUACUGCUCACUCAAGCCUUGAUAGAUGUGCCAGAGUGCACAUCCCUUUGGGGCCAAACCAUCAAGCUGAAGUGCCAGAAUGGACUGUCAUAACUUAUGAGGUUGAUUCAAAGUGGUUGGGGACCCAAAUAUGGCCUCCAAAAACUGUAAAUUCCAAAUGUCGUCUUUUUGAAAGGGACCCCAUUGGAGAGGGAAGACAAAAUUCAUGUGGCUGCCAAGUACAAGGUUCUGUUGAGUGUGUCCGGUUCCACAUUGCUAAGAGAAGGGCUAAAGUUAAGUUGGAAUUGGGUGAGGCGUUUCACCAAUGGAAUUUACAUAAGGUAGGUGAAGAAGUUGGGGGUUCAUGGACAGAGCAAGAAGAGAAGAAGUUCAAAGAUGUGGUGAAAUCAAACCCUGCUUCACUUGAUAAAUGUUUUUGGGAUCAUCUUUUCAAAACAUUUCCUAAGAAGAGCAGAGAAGAUUUAGUCAGCUACUAUUUCAAUGUCUUUCUUUUGCAGCGCAGAGCAUAUCAGAAUAGGCAUACUCCUGAUAACAUUGACAGUGAUGAUGAUGAAUCAGAAUUCACACCAUUGAGGAAAGUUUUUGGACAUCAAACACCAAAACCUCGCAGCUUCACCUUGUUAUCCCCCAAAAAAGCCACAUUCAAAAGGGAAAAUAACAAGUGAACCUCAGUCAUAUCCUGAGCUUCAUUGAGAAUGUGAAUCAACAAUUUUGUGCGUCUUCACUGCACCAACUUUCAGUAUCAAUGGGUCUUUGUCUCCUAGCUUAGAAUUUUAAAUCACCCUUGAUUUUGGGGAGUAAAAAAAUGUAACUUUAAAGUUUGGUUUGGUGUUGGGUUAAUUUAGGAGAGAUGAAUGAUGUUUUUCAGAAGCUGACAACCAUGAAGAUCCGACUGCUAAGAAGUUGGGGGUUGCUUUUAGUUUACAUGCUUCCAAUUUUGAGACAUCCCUUCUGUCUGUUGGCAGUGAUAUGUUGCAGCUACAGGUACUGUUGCACAUUUUAUUUUCACCAGGUUUUGACAAGGGUUACUUAAAGUUAAAAGAACAGCAUAUGGAAUAUAUAGAGCAACAUUUUGUUAUAGAGUUUCAUGAACAAAUGCAGUGAAGUGUUAUUUAAAUUUCAACCUUUUUUCUGAUGCGAAUUUCUAUUUGAAUGUUUCUUGCAAUGCUAUGUAGAUAUUGUUUUUAGAUCAGGUA